GGGUGCCGGGCAGGCUCUUGCGGAAGUCCAUGCGCCAUUGGGAAGACCUCAGUGGCUGCUCUGUGCCCUUGCUGUUGAGGGCCUCUUCCUGGGUCAUUCUUGGAGCAGAAGCCGGGCUGGGGCUGACACGGGGGCUCCCGCGUGGCCGUCUAAGCGCCUGUGUGACCUCCUCGCCGGCGGAAUGUGGCGACUACGUCGGGCCGCCGUGGCCUGUGAGGUCUGCCAAUCCUUAGUGAAACAUAACUCUGGAAUAAAAGGAAGUUUACCAUUACAAAAACUGCAUCUGGUUUCACGAAGUAUUUAUCAUUCACAUCAUCCUACCUUAAAGCUUAGAAGACUCCAAUUAAAGACAUCCUAUCAGCAGUUUUCUUCUCUAACUAACCUUCCUUUACAUAAAUUGAAACUUUCUCCAAUUAAAUAUUGCUACCAGCCCCGCAGGAAUUUUUGGCCAGCGAGAUUAGCUGCAAGACUCUUAAAACUUCGAUAUCUCAUACUAGGAUCUGCUGUUGGGGGUGGUUAUACAGCCAAAAAGACUUUUGAUCAAUGGAAAGAUAUGAUACCUGACCUUAGUGACUAUAAAUGGAUUGUGCCUGACAUUGUGUGGGAAAUUGAUGAAUAUAUCGAUUUCGAAAAAAUUAGAAAAGCCCUUCCUAAUUCAGAAGACUUUGCAAAGUUAGCACCAGACUUUGACAAGAUUGUUGAAAGCGUCAGCCUACUGAAGGACUUUUUCACCACAGGUCACAAAUUGGUUAGUGAAGUCAUAGGAGCUUCUGGCCUACUUCUCUUGUUAGGUUCACUUGGAGAAACAGCAUUUAGAGCAACAGAUCAUGGAUCUGAAAGUGACAAGCAUUAUAGAAAGGGUCUGCUUGGUGAGCUCAUUCUCUUACAACAGCAAAUUCAAGAGCAUGAAGAGGAAGCACGCAGAGCCGCUGGCCAAUAUAGCACGAGCUAUGCCCAACAGAAGCGCAAGGUGUCAGACAAAGAGAAAAUUGACCAACUUCAAGAAGAACUUCUGCACACUCAGUUAAAGUAUCAGAGAAUCUUGGAACGAUUAGAAAAGGAGAAUAAAGAAUUGAGAAAGUUAGUGUUGCAGAAAGAUGACAAAGGCAUCCAUCAUAGAAAGCUUAAGAAAUCUUUGAUUGACAUGUAUUCUGAAGUUCUUGAUGUUCUCUCUGAUUAUGAUGCCAGUUAUAAUACACAAGAUCAUCUACCACGGGUUGUAGUGGUUGGAGAUCAGAGUGCUGGGAAGACUAGUGUGUUGGAAAUGAUUGCUCAAGCACGAAUAUUCCCAAGAGGAUCUGGGGAGAUGAUGACACGUUCUCCUGUUAAGGUGACUUUGAGUGAAGGUCCUCACCAUGUGGCCUUGUUUAAAGAUAGUUCUCGGGAGUUUGAUCUUACCAAAGAGGAAGAUCUUGCAGCAUUAAGACAUGAAAUAGAACUCCGAAUGAGGAAAAGUGUAAAAGAAGGCUGUACUGUUAGCCCUGAGACCAUAUCCUUAAAUGUAAAAGGCCCUGGACUACAGAGGAUGGUGCUCGUUGACUUACCAGGGGUGAUUAAUACUGUGACAUCAGGCAUGGCUCCUGACACAAAAGAGACUAUAUUCAGUAUCAGCAAAGCUUAUAUGCAGAAUCCUAAUGCUAUCAUACUAUGUAUUCAAGAUGGAUCUGUGGAUGCUGAACGCAGUAUUGUUACAGACUUGGUCAGUCAAAUGGAUCCUCAUGGAAGAAGGACAAUAUUUGUUUUGACCAAAGUAGACCUGGCAGAGAAAAAUGUAGCUAGUCCAAGCAGGAUUCAGCAAAUAAUAGAAGGAAAGCUUUUCCCAAUGAAAGCUCUCGGUUAUUUUGCUGUCGUAACAGGAAAAGGAAACAGCUCUGAAAAUAUUGAAGCUAUAAGAGAAUAUGAAGAAGAAUUUUUUCAGAAUUCAAAGCUCCUAAAGACAAGCAUGCUAAAGGCACACCAAGUGACUACAAGAAAUUUAAGCCUUGCUGUAUCAGACUGCUUUUGGAAAAUGGUACGAGAAUCGGUUGAACAACAGGCUGAUAGUUUCAAAGCAACACGUUUUAACCUUGAAACUGAGUGGAAGAAUAACUAUCCUCGCCUGCGAGAACUUGACCGGAAUGAACUAUUUGAAAAAGCUAAAAAUGAAAUCCUCGAUGAAGUUAUCAGUCUGAGCCAGGUUACACCAAAACAUUGGGAGGAAAUCCUUCAGCAAUCUUUGUGGGAAAGAGUGUCAACUCAUGUGAUUGAAAAUAUCUAUCUUCCAGCUGCACAGACCAUGAAUUCAGGAACUUUUAAUACUACAGUGGAUAUCAAGCUUAAACAGUGGACUGAUAAACAGCUUCCUAAUAAAGCAGUAGAGGUUGCUUGGGAGACCCUACAAGAAGAAUUUUCCCGUUUUAUGACAGAACCCAAAGGAAAAGAGCAUGAUGACAUAUUUGAUAAACUUAAAGAGGCUGUUAAAGAAGAAAGUAUUAAACGUCACAAGUGGAAUGACUUUGCAGAGGACAGCUUGAGAGUUAUUCAACACAAUGCUUUAGAAGACCGGUCCAUAUCUGAUAAACAACAGUGGGAUGCAGCUAUUUAUUUUAUGGAAGAGGCUCUUCAGGCUCGUCUCAAGGAUACCGAAAAUGCUAUUGAAAACAUGGUAGGUCCAGAUUGGAAAAAGAGGUGGUUAUACUGGAAGAAUCGGACCCAAGAACAGUAUGUCCACAAUGAAACCAAGAAUGAAUUGGAGAAGAUGUUGAAAUGUAAUGAGGAGCACCCAGCUUAUCUUGCAAGUGAUGAGAUAACCACAGUCCGAAAGAACCUUGAAUCCCGAGGAGUAGAAGUAGAUCCCAGCUUGAUUAAGGAUACUUGGCAUCAGGUUUAUAGAAGACAUUUCUUAAAAACAGCUCUAAACCAUUGUAACCUUUGUCGAAGAGGCUUUUAUUACUACCAAAGGCAUUUUGUAGAUUCUGAGUUGGAAUGCAAUGAUGUGGUCUUGUUUUGGCGAAUACAGCGCAUGCUUGCUAUCACCGCAAAUACUUUAAGGCAGCAACUUACCAACACUGAAGUUAGGCGAUUAGAGAAAAAUGUUAAAGAGGUAUUGGAAGAUUUCGCUGACGACAGUGAGAAGAAGGUUAAAUUGCUUACGGGUAAACGAGUUCAACUGGCUGAAGACCUCAAGAAAGUUAGAGAAAUUCAAGAAAAACUUGAUGCUUUCAUUGAAGCUCUUCAUCAGGAGAAAUAAAUUAAAAUCCUACUUGUAACGUAAUCACUUCUGCAUACAUCUGAAGAAGAAAACUUCAAAGUUUUUUGUCCUGCCUCUUUUUCUUCUGCUAUUACACCUUUCUAAACAUACAAUAAAGUCAUGGGAUAACAAUAAUUUUUGCGUGUUGCAAACGCUUUAAACAUCAGCUGCCUUUUGAAUGGAAGAACAGUGGAAAUGGCAUUAACAUCCUAUUUUAUUGUAUUGAAGUGACGAAGAGGGAUAAUAUCAUUGAUAUGGCCAUUAGAUUCAGUCCUUGAAGAUAAGAAACUUGCUCUCUACUUGUUGUCUCAUUUGUGGUGACACUAGUUUAAUUUAUUAACUGAUGUUACUCAAUGUCAGUUUCUUUUCCAGAAAUAUAAUGCCAUGUGUUUUGAAAUAAAGCUUAGAGUGAUUUUUGUAAAGUUAUCGACGUACAUAAAAUUAAGGUAGCCCACUUGGUCAUAGUCUGUAUCUGUAAUGUUCUAUAACCUGGAACUAUUUGAUCAUGAUAAUUUACUUUCUAUUUACCACAUGAAAGAAAACUGGUUAACAGACGAAUGCCUCAAGUUAGGUUAAUUUGGAUUAUAACAAGUUAGUGUACAUUCAGUGAAAGAAAUUUCAACCCUUUAUUGCACAGCUUAGAAAUUUGCCUUGAAAGCUAGGUCAGUAGCAGUUUACCUAUUUGAUUCAGUUUGUGUUUUUAUACUCUGUAUCCAUUUGAAAUUAAUUUGUUUUGAAAGUUGUACACUUAAGUUAGGCUUUCUGUUAAUGGUAGGUUUUUUUUUUUUUUCCUGUUGGAUUAUCACACAGGAUGGGAAGACUAAGGAUAAUUGAUUGACUAAUUUCAUUUAGAAUACUGUCACAUAUUUCAACCAGGCAUCAGGAAAAGACUUUCUUUCAUAAGACUAUUUUAAAUAGAAAUUAUCUCAACAAUUAGAAUAAUGUUGACUAUCCCCCUCUUAGCUGAAUAUAUAUUUUUUUUAAUUUUAAGUUUAACUCAUUGCAGUUAAAUU